AUGAUAUUGGCUUUGAAUAGAAAGAACAAACUCUGCUUCGUGGAUGAUAGUCUCCCAAAACCUCAAGAAAAUGAUCCCAAUUUCAUGGCUUGGGAGAAGUGCAAUACUCAUGGGUAUGUGUUUAGAAUAGCUGAACUUGAGGAAGAGUUGUUCUCCAUCAAACAAGGUGGGUUGAGCUUUACUUCAUACAUCAUUAAAUUGAAAGCUGUAUGGCAAGAAUUAGACACAUUUUGGCCAAUUCCUCAUUGCAAUUGUGGAGAAUCUUGCACUUGUGGACUCAGUGUUGUUAGAAACUAUAGAAAAGACAACUACUUAGUUCGGUUUCUAAGGGGUCUCAAUGAACAACAUGUUAUAGCAAGAUCACAGAUCAUGUUAAUAAAGCCACUCCCAAUAAUCAAUGAUGAAUUUGCACUCCUGACCCAGCAAGAACAACAAUUAAACACCCCUGACAUUCUUGACUCAAAAACAAUUCUAGCUGCUCAAUCCAGUUUUGACACCUCUCUUGGAUUUCAGAAUCUGGCUACUUGGGGACGAGGUAGAAGGGUUAGAGGGAGAGGUGACAGAUUUGGAAGACCACCAUCCAAAGCUUGCUUCUACUGUCACAAGACUAGUCAUCUUAUAGACACAUGCUAUAAAAGGUAUGCUUUUCCACUCCAUCUCAACAACAACAACAACAACAACACAACACAUAAGCAAUGA